UGACACAGGAUACAAACAGAAGGUUAGCCCGGCUGACAGCAACUCAUCUUUCAGUGGGGAAAGGGAUUCUCUGAACUGUCGCCGCGGAUCGAUAUUGCUUCUGUUAUGAGAAGAAAACACUGGCUCUGUUAGGACUGUGAUUGAACACCAUGGCUGCAGCCCCUCCUCUCAGACGGACGGAUUCAGCUCGGGGGGAGUUCUCCCCUCUCAAGAGAUUUGUUGUGGCCAAGAAGAAGAUAAGCGAUGUCUUUGAACAACUACUGAACUACGUGAAAGAGACUUCAGAGUUUGUAGAAGAAACCUGUGGGAACAAAGCUUUGCAGAACAUUGCGAGUCAGGAGCAAAAGUUGGAGAUCCAGGCGUAUGCUGACAAACUUGCUGUCAUUAAGGAGGUGCUGGCACGCAGACACAUGAAAGUGGCCUUUUUUGGCAGGACGAGUAAUGGUAAAAGCACAGUGGUCAACGCCAUGCUGAGGGACCGCGUGCUGCCCAGCGGGAUCGGCCACACCACUAACUGCUUCCUCAGUGUGGAGGGCACUGAUGAAGACAAGGCCUACCUCAAGACAGAGGGCUCUGAUGAGGAGAAGAGCAUCAAGACUGUAAACCAGCUGGCUCACGCGCUCCACAUGGACGAGAGUCUGGACGCCGGCUGUCUCGUCCGUGUGUUUUGGCCGAAGACAAAGUGUGCUUUGCUCCGAGACGACCUGGUGCUCGUAGACAGCCCAGGGACAGAUGUCACAUCUGAACUGGACAGCUGGAUUGACAAAUUCUGCCUGGAUGCCGAUGUCUUUGUGCUAGUGGCCAACUCUGAAUCAACGCUUAUGAACACGGAAAAACACUUUUUCCACAAAGUCAACGAACGUCUGUCAAAACCCAACAUCUUCAUCCUCAACAACCGCUGGGAUGCCUCAGCCAAUGAGCCAGAGUACAUGGAGGAUGUGAGGAAGCAGCACACGGACCGUUGUGUGAACUUCCUGGUGGAGGAGCUGAAGGUUGUGGAUCGCGAUCAGGCACCCAACCGCAUUUUCUUCGUCUCCGCCAAAGAGGUGCUCAACUCCCGCAUGCAGCGUGCUCAGGGCAUGCCUGAAUCAGGUGGAGCCCUGGCUGAAGGCUUCCAUGAGAGACUGAAGGAGUUCCAGUGCUUUGAGAGGAGGUUUGAGGAGUGUAUCUCGCAGUCAGCAGUGAAAACAAAGUUUGAGCAGCACACUAUCAGGGCCAAGCUGAUCACAGAAAAAGUCAAGAGCAUCAUGGACGCCAUCAACAUUGAGGCGGCGGAGAAGAGAGUGGCAGCACUGGAGGACAGAGAGUAUCAGAUAGACCGGCUGGAGUUUGUGAAGAAUCAGCUCCACCUGCUGAUCGAUGACAUCAAGGCUAAGAUCAAGGCCAUCAGUGCGGACGUGGAGAAUAAGGUAUCCAUCGCCAUGGGAGAGGAGAUCUGCCGUCUCCAUGUAAUCGUUGAUGAGUUCCACUCUGACUUCCACCCAUCGCCACAUGUCCUUAAGAUCUACAAGUCUGAGCUGCUGUCUCACGUGGAGGAGGGGAUGGGGAAGAACCUGGCUUUCCGCUGCUCCGACGCCGUCCACGCCUCGGUCCACUCCUCACAGAAAUACAUGAUGGAGAGCAUGCUCCCUCUGCUUCCCUCUUCCUCCCAGAGCCAAGUCCACAUGCUGGUGCCCAGCAGGAAGUUUGACCUGAGUUACGACCUGAACUGCGCCACGCUGUGCAAUGACUUCCAGGAGAACAUUGACUUUCAGUUCACGUUGGGCUGGACAGCGUUAGUGCACCGCUUCCUGGGAUCUGUCAACGCACAGAGAGCGCUCAAACUGGUGGACCAGAAUUUCCAGGGCUCCCUACCAGCGCUGCCGGCCCUCACCCCCUCCUCGGGCCCCCCCUCAUUGGCGGCCCCGCCCAACAACGAGACAGCCCUCAUGACCCAAGAGGACGUGAUGAUAGCUGUGGCAACCAACGUAGCAUCCCUCACCUCCCGCACCUCCAUGAGCGUUAUCAUCGUCGGAGGAGUGGUGUGGAAAACAGUUGGCUGGAAGCUGAUCGCCCUGUCCUCCUCCCUGUACGGUCUGCUGUAUCUGUACGAGAGACUCACCUGGACCACCAAGGCAAAGGAGCGCACUCUGAAGCGUCAGUUUGUCGACUACGCCACCGACAGGCUGCAGCUCAUCGUCAACUUCACGAGUGCAAACUGCAGCCACCAGGUCCAACAGGAGAUGGCGGCGACCUUUGCUCGGCUCUGUCAGCAGGUGGACCAGACGCAGAAAGAGCUGGAGGCUGAAAUCCGCCAACUGACAGCCAAGAUAGAUCAGCUGGAGACGGUCCAGAGCCACUCCAAGAUCCUGAGACAUAAAGCCACAGAUCUGGAGAAACAGUUGGAGGCGUUCACAUACGAGUACCUGCAGCCUCAGCAGUGAGCGGCUCCUCCUCCUCCUCCUUCUCCACAGUUUGGUUCUUGUUGAGCCAAUCAUUCCUCAGCCUCACAGCGCCGGCCCCCCCCCCCUCCCCUGAACUACUCCACAGACUCUGUGGACAGUAGUGCUGGAAAGAUCAAUGGAUGCAUUUUGGGCUAUCAACCAAAAUGAAAUAUAUAGGUAUUUUGAUAAUCAAUGAAAGGUUAGUCAUUUAUAAGGCAAGAAUACCAAACUUCUGCUGCUUCUAAAGUAUGAAGGGUUUGUCCUUUUGUGUCAUUUGUAAAAAUGUUUUUUUUUAAUUUUUGGGCUAAUGCUCAUUUCUCUCUUUUUGACAUUUUGUAGACUAAUCAAGGGAAAAAAAGAACAUUUGGUAAUGGAAAUAAUCUGUAGUUUCACUCUUGGUAGACAGAGCGAAAAAAGGCCCAGUCCAAACAGUAUUUUCCUCUUCCUCUUCCUCCCCUCAGCCAGACAGGUGUUGCCUACAAAACUGCAGUGAACCACUGUAAACAAAACUGCCUGUAAAACAAAGAAACGUGGACUCACAGAUGCUCCUGAAGGUGGCAAUUUAAUCUCGGUCGGUGGGAAAGCUACCGGUCGGGUGCUACAUUUGACACUAACGUGCUUCUAACUGUGAAUAUGCCUUUUUUGACUAUCUUGAGUAAAUGAAGUUUGAGUGUAUGUUAGAUUGUACAUGCAUCUGUUCGAGCACAUGAAAAAUAAAUAAUUUAAUAGAAAAAGAUAAAUGUUUUUUUUCUUCAUCAUAAGGACAUUUGAAUUGAAAGGGGAAAGCAUGUCUUUAGCAAACUGUUGGUUAAUGUUAUAUUUUCUAACCUUUCAAACUGUAUAGAUUCAAAGAUUUGGAAAUCCUCAUUUUAUAAUAUUUAUUUAUAUCCAUUAGACUUCUAAUGACAAGUAACCAGUCUGCACUUUGUAUAUCUGUCUGCUUCUUUUUUUUUUUUUUAAUGUGUUGAAAUACCUCCAGAUGUACCCGAUUGUAUUAAAUCUGCCACAAUCUAAAA